GCUCGUUUUCCAUUGUUUCUUGAGCAACUGACAUUAUGGAGAUCAGUGAUCAGGAAUGGCAGAGGGUCUUGGACAUAUGGGGACAAGUGGAAACAGAUCUCCCUACGCAUGGACAGGAAGUUAUCAUCAGGAUGUUUCAGAGCCAUCCUGAGACCACGGUACACUUCCCCAAGUUCAAACACCUGAAGACGCUUGAUGAAAUGAAGAGCUCAGAAGAACUGAAGAAGCAUGGAACGACUGUCCUCAAAGCCCUGGGCAGGAUCCUGAAGCAGAAGGGGCAACACGAAGCAGAACUCAAACCACUGGCACAGAGCCAUGCCACCAAGCAUAAAAUUCCGAUCAGGCACCUUGAGUUCAUUUCUGAAGUAAUUGUCGCCUUCUUUGCUGAUAAAUACUCUGCGGAUUUUGGGGCUGAUUCCCAAGCGGCAAUGAGGAAGGCCUUGGACAUGUUCCGGAAUGACAUGGCUAGCAAGUACAAGGAGUUUGGGUUCCAGGGCUAGCAAGGACACAGAGGGAGAAAGGCCUCCUUGGAGUAGUGUUGACAUAUGUAGCAGCACAGGUGUUCCUUAAAGAAAACAAUGUUCUCAUUUCAUCACGUAGGAUUGGUGCAGAGCUGAAAAAUUCACUCCAAACUGCAGCUCAGACUAUAUGUGAUGGUAGCAGAU